AUGUUCUUGGAAGAUAUACCACAUCAAGCUGAACAACAUGGUCUGUUACUGGAAGGUCCUGGUGCUAAACGUGAUACUAAACCAUUCUCUUUGCCUAAAUUAUCAUCAUCUCAACAAGAAAUUAUUCAGAAAGCUAAAAAAUAUGCUAUGGAACAGAGUAUUAAAAGUGUUUUAGUUAAGCAGACUAUAGCUCAUCAGCACCAGCAAAUGCAGAACUUUCAGACAACAGUACAAAGACAACAAGCACUGGCUUUAAUGUGCAGAAUAUAUAUUGGAAGUAUAAAUUUUGAAAUUAAAGAAGACACUAUAAAGCAAGCAUUUUCACCAUUUGGACCUAUCAAGAGUGUUAAUUUAUCAUGGGAUCCUAUCACAAAUAAACAUAAAGGCUUCUCAUUUAUUGAAUAUGAAAUCCCUGAAGCAGCGCAAUUAGCGUUAGAACAGAUGAAUGGUGUUAUGAUUGGAGGAAGAAAUAUCAAGGUUGGAAGACCAAGUAAUAUGCCACAAGCUCAACCUAUUAUAGAACAGCUAGCUGAGGAGUCCAAGAAUUAUAAUCGUAUUUAUAUAGCUUCUAUACAUCAUGAUUUAUCAGAAACAGAUAUUAAAAGUGUUUUUGAAGCUUUUGGUGUAAUCUUGAAUGUCAGUAUACCGUUAGAUCCUACUAAACCUGGGAAACAUAAGGGAUUUGGUUUUAUUGAAUAUUCUACCCCUCAAGCCUCAGCUGAUGCUGUAGCUUCUAUGAAUUUAUUUGAUCUUGGUGGCCAGUACUUGCGUGUUGGAAAGGCAAUCACUCCACCUGAAGUAUUAGAGGCACCAAGUACAGGACCAUUGAGUAUGCCAACUGCAGCAGCAGUUGCAGCAGCUGCAGUGACAGCCAAAAUAACAGCAAUGGAUCCACCCCCACCUGUUGGUCCACCUCCAAGUUUAAUGGGCGGCUCCAAAUUUCAACAGGUUGCACCCCCUGAUGCUAUUCCACCACCAUCAGUAAUGGCACCUAUUGGAAUAGGACAACCUGGUAUAGCUGUACCACAGUUAGGUGGAAUAGGUUUGCCUGUACCACCACCAGUUUCUAUGCCAGGCCAGAUACCAUUACCUAUGGCUAUACCACCAAUGGGUAUGCCAACUGUUUCUCUACAAAAUGUUCCUUUACCACCUAUGCCACCACCAGCAUCUAGUAAUGCAUCAAAAGAAAAAUCUGAAGAAAAUGAGAAAAAGAAAAGUUUAGAUGAUUUACCACAAACACUAGAUCAACAAGAAAAUAUUAAGAUAAGUGGUACUAAUGCUAGACACAUGGUGAUGCAGAAAUUAAUGAGAAACUCUGAGUGUCGUGUUAUGGUGUUAAGGAAUAUGGUAGGACCUGAAGAUUUAGAUGAUGAAUUAGAAACAGAAGUAACUGAUGAAUGUGGAAAGUUUGGUGUUGUCAAUAGAGUUAUUAUAUAUCAAGAAAAACAGAGUGAAGAUGAUGAUGCUGAAAUUAUAGUCAAAAUAUUUGUUGAAUUUUCUCAACAAGAAGAAGUUGAAAGGGGUAUUGCUUCAUUAAAUGGUAGAUUUUUUGGUGGAAGAAGAGUGAGAGCAGAGAAAUAUGAUAUGGAUUUAUAUGAAAAUAGUGAUUUAUCUGGUUAA